AUGGCUUCGGAUGAUGCCCCCUGGGGUUGCUCUGCAGAGUCCUGUGUCCAGGCUGCCCCUAAUGCCCAUCUUUCAUCCAGAUGUCAGACUCCGAGCUUCAUCUGCAGGUCUCACUUGACCACCGGGUGCCUGACACCCUGCUACUAUGCAGGGACUUGUCACAGCCCCUGCCUGGUAGGGAACUGCACUUGGUGUGAGGAGGGGACGUUCAACAGCAACGAGAAGGAAACCAUGCAGUUCCUGAAUGACAGACUCGCCAGCUACCUGGAGAAGGUACGCAGCCUGGAGGAGGCCAAUGAGGAGCUGGAGUGCAGGAUCCAAGAGCAGUGUGAGCCCGAGGCCCCAGUGGUGUGCCCGGAUUACCAGUGCUACUUUGACACCAUCGAAGAGCUCCAACAAAAGAUCUUAUGCACAAAGGCAGAGAAUUCUAGACUCGCUGUUCAGCUUGACAACUGCAAACUCGCUGCUGAUGACUUUAGGUCAAAGUAUGAGAGUGAGUUGUCACUUCGCCAGCUGGUAGAGUCGGACAUCAGUGGCCUGCGUGGGAUCCUGAGUGAGCUGACCCUGUGCAAAGCUGAUCUGGAGGCCCACGUGGAGUCUCUGAAAGAUGAUCUCCUUUGCCUUAAGGAAAGCCACGAAGAGGAGGUCAACGUGCUUCGUGAUCAGCUUGGGGACCGACUCAGCGUGGAGCUGGACACUGCCCCCACCAUGGACCUCAACAAGGUCCUGGAGGAGAUGCGAUGUCAGUAUGAAACGUUGCUGGCCAACAACCGCAGGGAUGCAGAAGAAUGGUUCGCUGCUCAGACAGAAGAACUGAAUCAGCAGCAGUUAUCCAGUGCUGAGCAGCUGCAGGGCUGCCAGACGGAGAUGCUGGAGCUGAAGCGUACGGCCAACACCCUGGAAAUUGAGCUCCAGGCACAGCAAAACCUGACCAAAUCUCUGGAAUGUACGGUGGCAGAAACCGAGGCCCAGUACGGCACCCAGCUGGCCCAGAUGCAAUGUCUGAUUGAUGGUGUGGAGAACCAGCUGGCUGAAAUCCGCUGUGACCUGGAGAGGCAGAACCAGGAAUAUGAGGUACUGCUGGACACAAAAGCCCGGCUUGAGUGUGAGAUCAACACAUAUCGAGGCCUGCUGGACAGCGAGGACAGCAGGCUUGCCAGUAACCCAUGCUCUACUACCUCCAUGUCAAGUAACACUUGUGAGCCAUGCACAGCCUAUGUGAUUUGCACAGUAGAAAACUGUUGUGCAUGA